AUGCGCUCGUCACUACCGCUACCGCUACCACGGCCUCGCCGUCGCGAGUUCACCCUCGGCCUCAUAUCGUCAUACAUCUUUGACUGGAUCGUGCUCAUCGUCGCCGGAGUCGCGGGAGCCAUCCUGGGGAGGAUAGACCCGAACAAACGCCCGUUCUCUCUCGAGGACCCAGACAUAUCGUUUCCUUAUACAGAGCAUGAGACGGUCUCAGCUCCUAUUGCGUUUGUCAUUAACACCGUAGGCCCCGUUGUCAUCAUUUUCAUCAUAGCGCUUGUGCUUGUCCCAGGCCGGACCGUUCCCAAAGGGACUCCUAAGUCCCUGGUCUGGAAACGGAAGCUCUGGGAGCUCCAUGCGGGAUGGCUCGGACUCGGGCUGUCAGUCGCCUCGGCCUGGUUCAUCACACAGGGCAUGAAGAACCUCUUCGGCAAGCCCCGGCCCGACCUACUCGCACGGUGCCAGCCAGACAUAGCCAACAUUGCCCAGUACGUCGUCGGCGGCAUUGCCAACGUCAGCAGCAACGGACAGCUGGUGUCCGCCGCCAUUUGCAAGAAUACGGACGACUCGGUGCUGCAGGAUGGCUUCCGCAGCUUCCCUAGUGGCCAUGCUUCUUCGUCCACGGCUGGCCUGCUGUACCUGUCACUAUUCAUCGCCAGCAAGUUCGCCAUUACCUUCCCCUUCCUGGCACCCGCCGGCUACACCGACGAGUCAUCUUACGCGGCCUUCCCCUCGCGCAUGAUUCGCGGCGGCCGUAACAACGACAAUGGCACCGAGUCGUUCGAGAUGGUCAACGGCGCCCGCGGCGCAAACAGCUUCCCGUCCCACGAGGAGGAGCUCUCCGUGCCCAACGACCCGGCCGUCGCCAAGCGCUUCAUGCAGCACCAGGCGACCCUGUCCGCCGUGCGGCGCCAGGCCGCAGCACCGCCCGUGUACCUCUUGGUCUUCGCCCUCACGCCCUUCUUCGUCGCCGUCUUCAUCUCCUCGUCAAGAUGGUUCGACUACCGCCACCACGGCUUCGACAUCCUGUUCGGCUUCAUGAUCGGCAUGAUCACCGCGUACUUUGCCUUCCGCUUCUACCACCUGCCCAUCAGCCAGGGCGCCGGCUGGGCGUGGGGCCCGCGCUCCGCAGACAAGGCGUGGUGGGCGGGCGUCGGCAGCUUCUCGUACGCCACGGACAAGGAGCUGUACAACCGCCCCGGGGACGAGGAGGAGGCCGUAGGAGGGGCCGGAGGCAACCAGGCGGAGAGGACGGUCUCGGACGCGGAUAGUGCUGCGAAGAGGCGGCCACCGCCGAGCUCGAGCACGGGGACUAAUGUGUAA